CCGAAGAGAAAUGGUGGCUGGCAACGCGAAGGACGAAGUGUGAAAGGUUGCAGAUCCCAGAAGUAUUUUGUGAGGCCAGUCGACGGGAAGCGCAAAGGAUACUGGGGUCGAAUCAAAGACGGCGUGACCGGCUCAGGGCCUGAUGUGUACGUCGUAGCUGCCGCCGACUCCCGCACCUUGCACAACAGUUUUCCUGAGCACAAUCGGUGGUCCAAUUGGGACUCUUUGGGAGGGCCGUUCGAGUCUGAUUCAGAUCAGAGGGACAUUUCGUUGGAUCUGCCCUGGCAGGCCCGCCAUCCUGGAAAAGUAUACAACUUCCGAACGCGGAGGUAUGAGAACGUCAACAAAAGGGCGUCGGAUCAUUAUUGGAGUCAUGCUGUGUGGCCACGACACGGGCAUGAACACCGGGACGGAUUGCACCAUCUCCCUGUUUCGACGCGUGAUAUUGAUGGGACUUGG